AUGAAGUUCCAAAUACCCCUGAUGCUGCUAUUCAGCAGCCUCGUCGCAUCAAUUCCUUUACCAGUUUUGAUCUCAUCACCACAAUCCACACCAACCAAUCAGAAUGCAAAAAUUGAGCACCUGGCCAAGCCCUAUCCUUAUCCUUAUCAAGAUGUCGAUGUCUCAGAACGAUUAACCGCUCUACGCGAAGCUGGCUUCAUGCCCAGCUCAAAGCUCAAUGGGAAGUCACGGGCAUCAAUCGACUCUGACUCCGGCUUCGAAUCCCCUAUAUAUCGAAUUCUUUCCCAACACUUGAGAGUAUUUGAUUCUCGGACGGAUCCAAUUUCAGACGCUCCUGUCUUUUUCUUUCCAGCUGAAAUCGCUCUGCUGGUCAUGAUUUCUGCAUUCUAUUGCGUUGCUACUAUCAUUCGAGGAGUGUGUGCACGACAUUGA